AUGUCUAAUAAUUCCGACACUAUGAAGGAGAAGGAUCUCGAGAUGAAAGAUGCUGUUCUCGACUAUGGACUCGGCAGUGUCGGCACUGUCCAGGCAAAUGACAAGCAAUUGAUUCGCAAGGUCGACAGAUGGAUUUUGCCCAUUAUGUUCCUUGUUUAUUUCCUACAGAUGCUUGACAAGAUCUCAAUUAAUUACGCGAAUGUGAUGGGACUCCAGUCUGACCUGGAGAUGAAAGGCAACGAUUUUUCUUGGCUUGCAACAGCUUUCUUCAUAGCAUAUGCCAUUGCAGAGAUGCCCCAGGGAGCUCUCCUACAACGGUUUCCAGUUACCAAGGUGUUGGGGGUCAACGUUUUCUGCUGGGGAAUUUUUCUUUGUUGUUCCUCGGCAACACAGAAUUUCGCGGGCAUGCUUUCAUUGCGUAUCUUGCUUGGAUUCAUGGAAGCAGUUGUUGCCCCUUCUCUUACCCUCUAUACCAGCGCAUAUUACAAGCGCGACGAAAUGACUCCUCGAUUUGGUUUUUGGUACUGCGGACUAGGUGCUGGUCAAAUCUUCGGAGGGUUGAUCUCUUUUGCCGCGCAGCAUGCUUCUGCGAAUCUAUCAUUCGGUGGCUGGCGUAUCAUGUUUGUUGUGAUUGGUGCAGUUAACAUCUUGGUGUCUCUCCUCGUUCUGUUUGUGUUGCCGGAGACGCCUGAACAGGCCAAAUUUCUCAGUGAGCCAGAGAAGCGGCGCUUGGCUGAGAGAUUGAAAGAGGAUCAAGCUGGUGUUGGUGCAAAGGUCUUCCGCUGGCGAUCUGUUCUGGAGGCCUUUGGAGAUCUGCAGACGUGGUUACUCGUUCUCCUGACCAUUCUAAUCACAAUCCCAAGUGGAGUGAUCACUACAUUCUCAUCAAUUCUGAUUUCAGGAUUCGGAUAUGACGACAAACACAGUGCCUUAUUGAAUAUGCCCUCUGGUGUUGUGAGUAUUACAGCCACCAUGGUCUGUACGUAUGCAAUUUCCAAAGGCUUCUCCCGUUGGCUCGCCAUUGACCUCCUGCUUAUCCCGACAUUACUCGGAUCAUGCUUGAUGUGCUUUCUACCGACUUCAAACAAGGGCGGAUGUCUAGCUGGAAUCUAUCUGGUGAAUACUACGGUCGCUCCACUUGCUCUCAUCUACGCUUGGACCGGAGCGAAUUUCAAGGGAUACACAAUGAAGGUGGCUGGAACGACAAUAAUCUCCGCUGGCUUCAGUAUUGCCAAUAUUAUCGGCCCUCAGACAUUUCAAUCAAAGGACGCUCCCUAUUACACUCCAGCUAAGAUCACGCUAGUUUCAGUGAACGCAGCUGCGAUAUUCGUCUCGACUGCAUUGCGGAUCAUCGAGAAGUUCUAUGGAGGCACACGUAGCUAG